GAGGCUGUAAAAAUGCAGGUGUCCGAUUGGAAUACUUCCAUGGAGUAUUAUAUCAGCCCAAUUUCUACCAGGGUGUCAGACGACGCCAACUCCCGGAUUGCUUGUUGAUGAAUUCAGCCCAUGUGCCAUGUUUAUUAAUUAAUGCUUUAUAUCACUUAAUAUAUUCACUGACUUCGCUGUGUUCACUGGGACAACUCUCUCCGGUUCUACGAUUCUACGUACCCCGCAUGGUGAGUUUAAAUUUACAAUACCUGCCCAAGUUCGACACAGUUUCUUCGAAGAUCCUUCAACAUACCACAAUACACAAGACUGCAACACGAUAUCAAAAAUGUCGAGACUAUUCAAUUCCGUACUCCUUACUUCUCUCCUCCUCUCCGUCGUUCAUGCGGCUGCAGUAAUUACUGGCGCAGGAGGCUUUCUAAGUAAAUGCGAUGCAUCUACCUUCCAAUUUUUCGACGACAUCGAAUUAGGUCCUGCUCCUCAAUUUACCUUUAAAGUAACACCUGUCCUUUCUGGCCUCUGUCCUGAUUCUUCGGGUAAAAUGUCGAAUUCUACUUUGAAUUUGAAUACAUGUCUUGGAAACAGUGACGCGCACCUUGUCUGGCAGAGAAAUGGCAUGUUCCAAAACUCCUGCGGCUGCUCACUCCAAAUACCAAACCUCUGCUGUGGUUGCGGCAAAGCAAACGGCGGCACCGUUCCAAGCGGUGUCUGCGUUGAUCUGAAUAAUGGAAUCGCAACUUCCGGUGGAAAACUGAACUGCGAUAACCUUCCCGGAAAUUAAGAACUCAAAGAUCAAAUCACCCAGCUGAAAAAAAAAAAUUGUUCAUGGAGGAAUAGCAUAGUGUUGCGUCUAAGUAUGGGGUUAUGACAAUGGAUGAUUUAGGUUUCCUGGUAUGGGGUUUCGGCGUGGAAAGGGGUGGGGAUGUUGGAAUGGGAAAUUCUAGUACACACAUAUUUUGCAACGCACAAUUUACAACUGAAUAGAAUGGAUCCAGUGCGCGCAUUUGCAGUUGUGAUUUCGAGUCUCUCAUUUCAAACUAGGUGCCUACCAAUUGUUACCUAGUUGUUUACUCCUGCUACUUGAUGAAGUCGAUAUGAUUAGUUAGUACUGAAUUCUAUACAUGCAUCAUUGUCUAAUAUAUUGGAACA